AUGUGGAACCUUAACGACUCACCCGAUCAUCACGAAGAAUCCAACGGUAGAGGGAAUCGGUUUGGACACGUGCCAAGCUCGAUGAGUCAGUCUGUCACGUGGACGUCGUCUGUGCCUCCGGUGACGCGGAAUUUUUUUCCGGGUCAAAUCAUGGAACCGGAAGCUCGAGAAAUAUCCGGGACCAGUUUCACUAAAAGUCAAUGUGUCGGUCAGUCAGAUCCUAGCGGCUCGGGUCGACCGGAAAAGCAAGAACCGGAGAUACCGCCGCCGGUGAAAAAGAGCCGACGCGGUCCUCGCUCACGGAGCUCUCAGUAUAGAGGAGUAACGUUUUACCGACGAACCGGAAGAUGGGAGUCGCAUAUUUGGGACUGUGGGAAGCAGGUGUACUUAGGUGGUUUUGACACAGCACAUGCCGCUGCUCGUGCAUAUGAUCGAGCGGCAGUUAAAUUUAGAGGUGUAGAUGCAGAUAUCAACUUCGACAUUGAAGACUACGUGGAAGAUUUGAAACAGAUGAGCAAUUUGACCAAGGAAGAGUUCAUGCACGUUCUUCGAAGGCAAAGCACUGGGUUUCCAAGAGGCAGUUCUAAGUAUAGAGGAGUCACUUUGCAUAAAUGUGGAAGAUGGGAGGCCCGAUUGGGUCAAUUUCUGAACAAAAAGUACGUUUACUUGGGUCUCUUUGAUACCGAGAUCGAAGCUGCAAGAGCUUAUGAUAAAGCGGCAAUAAAGUGUAACGGAAAAGACGCAGUUACCAAUUUUGAUCCUAAAGUCUACGAGGAAGAGACUAGCCCAGAGAAGAAGUGGAAUAAUGAUCAUAACCUUGAUCUAAGUCUAGGAGAAUCCAACUCGGAAGAGUUUGGAACCAAAUCCGAGAUGGCGAGCAUGAGAAAUAGGACUAGAGAUGAGGAGAUAUUAUUAGGAAGCGAUCUCUCGCUAGCGACCACGACCGUCGGAUCGGAAAUGCAAGAGAGAGAAUCGGACGGCGGAGGAAAGGGAGUGAUAGUGGCGGCAUCAUCAGGAUUCUCUUCUCACAAUUCUCCUUGGCACCACCAGUCUCCUCGCACCUUCCACUUCUCUCGUCCCUCCUGA